AGUUGUAACGGCAGUUUCUGUUGGCGCCGAUCCUCUGUUAAAUCUCGAAAUGGGGAAGCGAAGGUUUGCUCAGGUCUCCACAAGCGACGACGACGACGACGAAGACUCUCUACUUCCACAACAUUCCAGGAGGUCGUCGCGGCCCACCGGCCCUUCCUCCGACGACAAGAAGCGGGAGAAGCGGGAGAAGCGGAAGAAAACGAAGCUUCCAGAAGAUGGGGAUAGAGAAGAAGAAGAAGAGACGCAAUCGAGGAGGGAGAGGAAAGAGAAGCGAAGAGUGGAGGAGGAAGAAGAGGAGAAUGAGGACGAGGACGAGGAGGAGGAGGUUCAGGAGGACGCGAAGCCUGUAGGGGAGGUGGUUAGGGUUUCUGGGAAGGGGAGAGGAAGGAGGAACCAUUACGAGGCCUUUGAGUUUGACGGGAAUAGAUACGAACUUGAAGAUCCUGUACUUUUAGUUCCUGAGAAUCAAGUCCAGAAACCUUAUGUGGCAGUCAUUAAGGAUAUCACACAGACCAAAGAUGGUAGCAUGAUGGUUACCGGACAGUGGUUUUAUCGUCCUGAAGAAGCUGAAAAAAAGGGUGGAGGAAACUGGCAAUCAGAUGAUACGCGUGAACUGUUCUAUAGUUUCCACCGUGAUGAGGUACCAGCAGAGUCUGUUAUGCACAAGUGUGUGGUGCACUUUGUCCCAAAACAUAAGCAACUACCAUGUCGGAAGCAACAUCCUGGUUUUAUUGUGCAAAAAGUUUAUGAUACUAUUGAGCGAAAACUCUGGAAGCUAACUGACAAAGACUAUGAGGAUAUUAAACAACAUGAAAUUGAUAUUCUUGUUCAGAAAACUUUAUCGCGUUUGGGAGAUCUUCCUGACAUUGAGACUGAUGAGAAUGCUGUUGAUCUGGAUGAUGCCUUGAAGACUAAAAGAACACUUAGGAAAAGGACCAUUUCACCACUUGACAUCACAAGGAAUGAGGAAACAACUGCCAGGCUGGACCAUCAACUUAAAGCUGAGACUCCUGGAAGCUGCCCAAGUAAUCUAUCUGAAUAUCACACUAUUUUAUCAAAGUUUAAGGUAUUGACUGGAGAAACCCAUCGUGAUAAAUGGUUGGAGAGGCUUCUUCAAGGAAUUCAGUACAUGUGCAGUUCUCCUGAUGGGGUGCAAAAAGGAAUUGGUGGCUCUGAUGUCGCACAAUAUGAAAAGGAGAAGAGUCCAGUAAAUGCAAAUGAAGCUGAAGAAAAGAUUUCAAAUAGUGGAAAGUCUUUUCCAUGGCCAGAUGCUGCUGUUUCAGCAGUAACUGCUCUAGAGAAGGUAGCACAUGAUGCCCUUUCCUCAGAUUUUCAGAAGUAUAACCAAAAGUUACGACAAUUGGUUUUCAAUCUGAAGAAUAAUGAAGUUCUAGCUCGGCGGCUACUGAAUGGGGAGCUGGAACCUUCCAAAAUACUGAACAUGUCCCCUAAUGAGUUGAAGGAGGGUUUAACAGCAGAAGAGACAGCAAGAAAGGAGCCUGAUGAUUCGGAGCGCAUGCAGAUGACUGAUGCGCGGUGUAAAAGAUGCAAUGAGUUUAAAGUUGGCUUGAGGGACAUCAUUCAAGCUGGACAUGGAGACAGAUACCAGCUGGAGUGCAUUGCCUGUGGGAAUUCUUGGUACGCUUCUAGAGAUGAGGCAUCAAGGCUGACAAUAGAGGGACCAAGUUCUGGUGCAGCUGCUGCUAGGAAAACUGAUGGGACAGUAGCAUUGGCUACCACAAAAUUUGAUAGUGUAGAGGGUGGAGAGUCAGAGAAGUCAGUGAAAGAUGAGAUUAAGGAGAGUAGUGAAGCACACAUGCCUGUUUUGGAGUCCCAGAAAUCAUUUGGCAGGUCAAGGAAUGAGGAUAAAACUGAAACUUUGGAUAAGGCGGGGUAGGAUGUUUUGAGGGAUCAAACAUUUUCCUAACUUAGAUGAAGAAAAUCAAACAUACCAAAAUAGCAUCUUGCAGAGGCAAGUUAGUAAGCUGUACACAACUAAAGUAGAGUUGGCAUCUUUUUUGAGUUUUGUAUAUGGUGAUGAAGGGAAACGAACAAAGUUAGUGUCAGGAUCCAAAUAACUACAGUUCAAAAUUUUCUGAAUAGCUUUGGUUAAUUAUUAUGUAAAUCGAAGAAGUGAUUUGCAAUUCAUCUUACCCAAACUGCAAACACUUUAGCCUCGUGAUUAGUGAGGCCAAUGGUAGAUCUCAAUGAUUAUCAAAUUUGAUUUGUUUACACUCUCGUGCAGGAUGGAGGGACUAUAAAACACUAAAUUUAUA